CAACAGGUGACCAGAUGACUUCAUUAGCAUUAGCUUAUCGUAUUGGUGUAUCAACAGCACAUUUUAUAAUACGAGAAACAUGUGAAAUAAUUGCUAAUGAGCUUAGCACUGAAUAUCUUAAUUUACCAACAAUUAAUGAAUGGAAAAAUAUAAGCACAGGUUUUUGGCAAGACUGGAAUUUUCCAAAUACAAUCGAUGCAAUGGAUGGUAAACAUAUUCAGAUACAAGCACCACCUAAAUCUGACAUAGGUGCUUUUGGCAGUGACUGUGAUGCCGGAGUAUUAUCAAAAUCAUUAUUUGGCAAAGCACUGUAUGAUCAAACGCUUAAUAUAUCGCAUGAAACAAAAAAAUUACCUGGAUGUAAUAUAGAAUUGCCUUAUUUUGUCGUUGCUGAUGAAGCUUUUCAACUGCAUAAAAACGUUAUGCGUCCAUAUUCUGGUCGAUGUUUAAGCGAUAAUAAGAGUAUAUUUAAUUAUCGUUUAUCGCGUGCCAGACGUGUAAUCGAAAACACUUUCGGCAUCUUAGUAUCACGAUGGCGAAUAUUUCGUCGCCCAAUAUGUGCUUAUCCAUCAACAGUGGAUCGAUUAGUUAUGGCAUGUGUAAUUUUGCACAACUUUUUAAUGACAGAAAAUGCAAAAAAAACAUUAAAUGAACAAACAUAUUGUCCACCAAACUUUAUCGAUCAUGAUAAUGAUAUAGGAAGAAUAAUACCUGGUACUUGGAGAAAUGAAUCAUCUUAUCUUGAAAAUAUAAGACCUACCAGAGCACACAGAGCAACCCGUGAAGCAUAUGAACAACGAGAUACUUUAACUAAAUACUUAUUAUCACCUGCAGGUGCAGUUACAUGGCAAAAUGAAUAUAUUCAUAGAGGAUCUAAUGACGAUUUAUUAUAUGGAUAA